UCAUAUAACGUCUUCCGAUUACAUGAGCUUGACCUUGUGAAACAAUGGAAGAGCAACGAAACGGUAUGGGCAAGAGCCAGGAGCAGCAGGCAGAAACCGAGAGCUCUCCUUCUUCUUCUUCAUCUUCUAGCUCUCACCCAUGUCCAAUCUGUCUCUCCCCUACUCCACAGCUCCAAGAAUCCUACUUGGAUCGCUGUUUCCAUAAAUUCUGCUACAAAUGCAUUGUGCAGUGGACUAAAGUGGUUGCUAGCAAGUACUCUGAAGCUCCAAGUUCUUUGAAGUGUCCAUUUUGUAAGACUGAAAACUUUUCGAUUAUCCAUGGUUAUGAUGGAAGUUCUUUUGAACGGCAUUAUGUUAGUCAGAUAUUUUCUGAUAGUGUUUUCUUCACAGAAGCGCAUAGAUAUAGGCUACAGUGCUAUUAUGCUGAACCAGGUUUCUUAAGCGAUGCAUUCGAUAUAAAGCGGUUUUGGAAGUCUCGAAAAUAUCUUCAGUCAAAUCCAUGGCUUUAUAGUUGGUUGAAGAGGGAAAUUCAAGCUCUAAUGCAGGAAGAAGAUGUCGAUGUAGUGGUGCACCAUAUGCUCGGUACAAUUGAGUCAUCGUUGAGAAGGGAUGACCAAAGGAAGCUGAAGGCACCCGAAGAGAGACAAAGGGAGUUCAAAACGCUCUUACGUGAUGCUGCGAGGCCUUUCCUAAUGGGACGAACGGACAGAUUCGUGGAUGAGGCAGAACUGUUUCUCGGAUCGGGGUUGAACCUGGAAGCUUACGAUGACGUUUGUAUGCAACGCCUUGGUUUGAAAGACGCCGGAGUCGAUUCUCCGGAGGAACCGACCAACGAUAGCGCGGUCGUUCCUCAGUCCUUGUUCGUUUCUGACGAGGACCCAGAUGGAGCAGAGUGAAUCUUCUCUUGCCUAGGUGAAGUUUCCCAUUUGCACAGCCAGAUUUGCUGUCCCCAUGAUAGCGUUGGCUAUAUCAGGAUCCUAGAGAGUACUUGAUUCCCACCUGUGUCUUUUUGUCUGUAUCUUCUGUCGAGACAAUGACCACAUGCAAGUAUAAAUACUAGGUUCGGUCUACAGAGUAUUAAGCUUCGUUCAAGUUUUGGACUUGGUUGCAGCUUCCCACUUUUGAUAUUUUAGGCUCAA